GUCCCUUCGAGCGAGGAGAGGCAGGAUGGCGGCGCGUUCCGCCAUGGGUUUCGCGGCCGGCGCGCUGCGUCAGACGGUCGCGCGUCAGACCGCGCCGCAGUUCGCGCCGCGUCCGCUCGCGCGUCAGACCCGCGCCAUGGGCGGCGGCGGCAACGGCGUCACGCACGAGGGCCUCACCCUCCACGAGCCGGGCGCGUUUCACAAGUUUUGGGCGUACGGCCUCGGCGGCCUCACCUGGUUCUGGGUCUUUUACCGGUUCUACAAGGACGGGGACACGCUGAUCUACGGUCACGCGCCGCACUUCGAGCACGACGAUCACGACGAUCACCACUAGCCCGUGAACGGCGCCGCGGGGCGGGUGUCCGAGUCGAGGGAGUCGAGGCGAUCGGAUCGGGAACAGUCGGGGGGGCGAGAGGAGCGACCCCGCGUUUGCGUCUGUGUUUCAGUGUAUUGUAACAUACGAGUAAUGCGUAACCUUA